AUGGAAUUCUGCUGGCGGUUCUAUGAGUCAGAUUACGCAGGCCCCCUUCAAGCCUAUGCUGAGUUCAUCGUCAGAGUCGACACCGUCAGUGGCGCCAUUGAGGUGCCACCCGAUCUGCCAUUGGAGAUCCCCCCGGGUCUAAGCAAGAGCAUCAUGAUCCGUCCGUGCUACCUCCUGGUGCUGAAGAAACUCGGAGCCCUCGGCAAUUCCUUCGCUCUGGUGCUCAGCGGCUCGCCAGGCAUCGGAAAGUCCGCUUUCUCCGUUCUGCUUUUGCAGUACUUGGCAAAGAGGGGGGCAAAAGUGGCUUACAGGUACAAGGACGUGUGGCUUGGAGACACCGUCGUCUACUUUGACUUUUCGGACCUCUCCUCAAUUUUCGUCAAGGUGGCUUCCGUGAACACUGUUCAUUGGAUCGCUCUUCUUGGACUUGCUCGAGACGAAUCAGUCUGGCAGAUCCAGGACGGACAAGCCCCUCGGGCGCAGUCGCUGGCCAGAGGUCGCCACAUCGUCCUGUCCUCAUCAAACGUGGACGACUUCAGAGAGUUUGCCAAGGGGAACCGGUGUGAGGUAUGGUGGCUACCGGUUUGGUCGCUCGAAGAGCUGCAGCAGUGUCGCCGGCUACUCUUCCCCCAUGUUUCGGAACAAGUCAUGGAGUCCCGGUUUUUGGAGUUCGGAGGCCUUAUCAGGUUCGUGCUGGCGAACCCGAAGGCCUCGUUCCAGAAGCUCGCCGCCACUUUGUCGGCCGAGCAGGCGUUCUCGCUGUACCACUUGACGCUCGCUUCCGUGGAGAGCGACGUCAGGCACGUCUUCGCGCACAUUGCGGUUGACGACAACCUGGACAGAACGGGAUACUUCCUCGGCUCUCCCGACAUCAAGGAGCUCGUCUUUGCCAAGUCUCAAGCGGGCCAAUGGCAAGGCUUAGUGGAAAUGCUGCACGCUGGCGCGAAGGAAACGGAACUGGGCAGGAUGUCGGGUGAAGCGCUUGAAACAUACGGACAUGCAGUGCUUCUCCGAGGGUUAGACCUGGACAGCGAAGACGUUCGGCAGAUCUUCAGGCAGGGCCCCGAGUGGCGGCCAAGGCUGACAGGAGAACUGACUUCCGCACAGAUGCAGACAAUCGCGGAGAUUCGGGAGUCCUUGCGGGGCCCUAAAACCCUGGUUUGGGAUAGUCCGAGCAAAGUCUACGAUCUGCCGGAGCUCACCCAGACAUAUGUGCAACCUAUCACGGCAACCAACGAGUCCUGGGACUCGUUGAUCUGCUCGGGAGAUGCAACGGUAAACGCCGUCCAGUUCACGAGGAACACAAGGCACGGGACGAAGGUGGGCGGAAUCCAAGAGCUCUUGCGACGACUCCGUGCAAGUUGUAAGAAACUGAGAAUUUUCCAUGCCGUCCCGGCGGAAGUGUAUGAUACGUACACGUGGCAGCCUUGGGUUGGCGAACGAGCGGUCCAAAGAAAGAACAAGAAAGGGGUUGAGGAGAUGGUCUCCAAAGUGGGGACUUUGUCGGAGGAUCAGGUGCCCACGGAGCUCAGAGGGAUAGAGCAGUGGGUCGUGAAGCUUAGGUUGCCCGAGCCAGGUAGUGAUACCCCAAAUUUAAGCAGAGCAUUCUAUUACGGUGAAAUCUACGAAUCGGACUAA